AUGCCCCGUUGCAUUCAGAUAACUCGUACUUUCUGCUCUUCAAUCUUGUUUCGUCAGCAACUGCCCCGAUUAUUCCCUCUCUUUCAAUACACCUUCAACCACAGAACCAUCAUGUCUGCCGCCGCAAAGCGCCUCGAGGGCAAAACUGUGCUCAUCACCGGUGCCUCGAGCGGGAUCGGAAAGAGCACGGCCUUUGAAUACGCCCGGACUGCACCCAACAACCUCAAGCUCGUCUUGACCGCCCGUCGCAUCGACAGUCUCGAGCAGAUUGCCGCCGACAUUCAGAAGGAGGUCGGUGACGGUGUCAAGAUUCACCCCGUCAAGUUGGAUGUCAGCAAGCCCGAGGAGGUUCGCCAGCUCGUGCCCAACCUGCCUGAGGAGUUCCGCGACAUUCACAUUCUGGUUAACAAUGCAGGCCUCGUCAAGGGAGUUGCCAAGGCGCCUGAGAUCGCUGAGGAGGACAUCAACGUCAUGUUCGCUACUAACGUCACCGGUCUCAUCAACGUGACUCAGGCCAUUCUCCCCAUUUUCAAGGCGCGCCCUGAUGGCGGUUCAGGCGAUAUCAUCAACAUUGGCUCCAUUGCGGGCCGUGAGCCUUACCCCGGUGGUUCCAUCUACUGCGCAACCAAGGCAGCAGUGCGCAGUUUUACCGACAGCUUGAGAAAAGAGCUAAUCUCGACACGCAUCCGCGUCAUUGGCAUCGACCCCGGUCAGGUCGAGACUGAGUUCUCCGUUGUCCGCUUUUACGGCGACAAAUCCAAGGCCGAUGCCGUUUACGCCGGCUGCGAGCCUUUGACCCCCGAGGACAUUGCCGAGGUCAUCGUUUUCACGAGCACGCGCAGGGAAAAUGUAGUGGUUGCCGACACCCUUAUUUUCCCCAGCCACCAGCUGAGCAUGAAGGGUGCUGCCGGUCUCCUCCAUCGCAAGUCUUGA